AUGCACAUGCGCAACCUGUGCAAGCACACACAUCACCCAGCACGCACCCAGACCACGGAUGCCAUGGCUGCGCACUUUUACCGUAUCGGCGUCGAUGUUGGCGGUACCAACACGGACGCCGUGAUGCUGGACGCGCUGGCACCACGAGAAUCGGCAGAUCGCGGCGUGCUGGCGCUGCACAAGACGCCAACGACGAGCCCGGACGUGACGGACGGCAUCGAGACGGCAGUGCGGCGGGUGCUGACGGACUCGGGCGUACCAGCGUCUGCGGUGGCUUGUCUGACGAUUGGCACGACGCACUUUAUCAACGCCAUCGUGGAGCAGGACGCGCGACGGCUGUCCAAGGUGGCUGUGGUGCGGCUGUCGCGGUCGUUUACGAGGCAGGUCCCACCAUUCUCCGACUUCCCGCCAGCGCUGCGGCGCAUCCUCGACGGCGGCUGCUGCGUGCACGUGGAUGGGGGGCUGCACAUUGACGGGGCGCAAGAGGCGCCAGUGCGCGAAGAGCAGGUGGUGCAGGCAUGCACGACGAUCCGGGAACGCGGGCUGAACGCCAUCGUGGUCGCCGGCGUGUUCUCGCCCAUCGACGACCGGUUCCGUCAAGAGCAGCGGGUGCGCGACAUCAUCCGGUGCGAGCUGCCCGGGGCCGACGUCGUCUGCUCGGCCGACGUGUCGCAGCUCGGCUUCCUCGAGCGCGAGGACGCAUCGAUCCUGAAUGCAUCGAUCCUGCGGUUCGCCCGACGCACUAUUCGCGGCUUCCGCGCCGCCAUGGGCCGCCUCGACUUGCACUGCCCCCUCUACCUGACGCAGAACGACGGGACGCUCAUCGAUGCCGCCACAGCGGCCCGGCUGCCCAUCCGGACCUUCUCGUCGGGGCCGACUAAUUCGAUGCGUGGCGCGGCCUAUCUCGGGCUGUCUGACCACGAGGCCACGGCCACGCUUGUCGUCGACAUUGGCGGCACCACGGCCGACGUUGGCGUGCUGCUGCCGUCGGGCUUCCCACGCCAGGCAUCGGCCUAUGUCACCGUGGCCGGCGUCAACAUCAACUUUGCCAUGCCACACAUCGAGUCGAUCGGCCUGGGCGGCGGCUCUGUCGUGCGAGUAGCCGGUGAUGGUAGCUCAGACCCGGUCAAGGUUACGGUUGGACCCGACUCGGUCGGUUACCAGCUAACGACCAAGGGAACCGUCUUUGGUGGUGAUGUGUUGACAGCCACAGACAUUGCUGUGGCAGCUGCCCAGAUGGCGGGCAAGAAGGCCGACGGGGAGAACGAGAUUGGCAAUUCCGACCUCGUGCGUCAUCUCAGCCCAGCCGUCGUGGCGGCGGCGCAGGCUCGCAUCCAGGCCAUGCUGGAGGCCGUAAUCGACAAGAUGAAGACGUCACCGGCGCCGUUGCCAGUUCUUCUUGUCGGCGGAGGCUCUGUGGUGGCACCAGCAGCAGCGAUACUAAAGGGCGUCAGCCGCGUUGUCUGCCCGCCCUUUCACGCUGUGGCCAAUGCGGUCGGUGCGGCCAUUGCCAAGGUUGCUGGCACCGUUGAUGCGAUCCAGAGCACGGCCGAUCGUACGACAGACCAGCUACUGGACCAGGCCAAGGCCACUGCUAUCGAGCGUGCCGUCGCUCUUGGUGCCCGACCCGAGUCUAUCUACAUUGCCGAUGUCGACGUCAUCCCGCUGCAGUACGUGGCCAACCAGGUGCGCGUGAUUGUCCGUGCAGUCGGUGAGCUGUCUCUCGAGGGAAUUGAAGGAGUGGCACGAGUCGAGCAGGUGGAGGAUGAGGAGAACGAGACGGAGGUCGGCCAAGAAGCAGACAAGGUCGUGCUAGACAUGGUGGAAGAUGAGAUCACAACGGAGACGGCCAGCGACCCCCUUACGUACUGUCCGACAGUGCGCAAGAACCCGAGCAGUGGCAUCCAGGAGUGGCUGAUCUCCGAGACGGACCUCGUCUGGCUGGCCGACGGCUGCUACGUCCUCGGCUGUGCCGGUGGAGGCACUCCCUUCAGCGACGCUCUGCGGAUCCGAGAUCAGCUGCGGGCAGGCCACUGCAUCCGCGUGAUUGACGCGUCCUCGCUGCGCGACGAUGCCGUCGUUUACUGGGGCGGCCACAUGGGCUCGCCGGCGGUGUCGAACGAGCGCUUGGCCAAUGACGAGACCGAGCAGGCCGUGGCGGAGCUCAUGGCGUAUCUGGGCCACAGCAAGAUCGACGCCUUUAUUGAUUUGGAGAUUGGAGGUGCCAAUGGACUACAGGCGUUAACGCUGGGCUCGACGAAGUAUCAAGAUUGUCCGGCGGUGGAUGCUGAUUUUAUGGGCCGCGCAUAUCCGACGUACUGGCAGACGACGCUGAGCGCAUACGAAGAUGACGCGCUGGUGCCGUGCGCGAUCUCGUCAGGAGAUGGGAUCACAAUAAUAAUGACACGUACCAAUGGCGACGAGAUUGUGGACCGGGCGCUACGAGCAUCGUGCGCCCAGAUGGGCUCGCGCGUCGGCAUGGCAGCGCGGCCGACGACGAAGGCAGUGAUCGAGCGCUGUGCUGUAGCGAAUACGCUGUCGCUGGCGUGGCGGGUGGGCCGGGCGAUUGCGCGGGCGGCGGCGACGAACACGACCAGCACGGUGGCCGAGCAGAUGAUUGAGGAGUGCGGCGGCCCGGACGCGGCCAAGGUGCUGUUCCGCGGCAAGAUUGUUGCUGUCGACCGGCGGCUGCACCUGGGCCAUUCGUACGGCGAGAUCCGGAUUGAGCAGAUGCAACAGAGCGAGCUGGAGACGACAGCCGAGACGCAGCAUGCGGCCGUGGCCACCGGCGGCUCUGUCACCAUCCCGUUCAAGAACGAGAACCUCUACGCCCUCCACACGGCCGAAGACGGGCGCCAGACAUACCUCGCGACCGUGCCGGACCUCAUCUCCGUCAUCGACAGCCAGUCGGGUCGCGCGCUCGGCGUGCCCGAGUUUCGCUACGGCGUCAUCGUCACCGUUAUCGGCAUCGUCUGCUCGCCGCGCUGGACCGAGACGGCCAAGGGGCUCGAGAUCGGCGGGCCGGCUGCCUUUGGCUACGAUAUUCCGUACACGGCCCUGGGCACGUACGUGAAGCCACGAAGCGUGAUUGAGGAGUACGGGGCGAUGUAG